UAUACCGAAGCUGAUGAAGUGAGUCGCUCUCGUUAAAUAAAAAAACAAUGUUUGAGUUUUUCAGAUAGUAGUUUGUAUAUUCAUUCGCAGUUUGGUGAAGCGGUUAACUCAGGGUGAGUUAGUUUUGUGUGGUCUGUAGAAGAGGGGUAAUGAAGGCUCACAGCAGUGAGGUCGGAGUGUUUGUCCGAAUCAGACCAACGGCGAACUUCUCGAAAGACCUCAUUGAAUGUCUUCCUGACGGACAGACGGUGAACAUCCAUCACUGGAAAGACCCCAGGCAGCUCCAUGAAAGAAAGAAGAGUCAGCUGAGCUCCCAGUCGUUCAGGCUGGAAGGCGUCCUGCAGGAUGUAUCCCAAGAAGAAGUGUACACCCAGGUGUGCCGACAGGUGGUACUGAGAGCACUGGAUGGCUAUAAUGGUUCUGUGAUGUGUUUUGGGCAGACAGGUUCAGGAAAGACUUACACCAUGACAGGAUCCAAGGAAUCAUACAAGGAGAGAGGACUCAUCCCUCGGGCCCUUCAGGAGGUGUUUCUGGAAGUCGAGAAAAGGACUGAGUAUGCCUUCACUGUGCACCUGUCCUACCUGGAGAUCUACAAUGAGACCCUGGUAGACUUGCUAUCAUCGCUGCGGGGGUCCCCAUGCCCGUCUCAACGAGGUAUGGUGGUGAUGGAGGAGCCAGGCAGGGGUGUGUUCAUCCGAGGCCUGUCGCUUCAUCCUGUUCACAGGGAGGAGGAGGCUCUGAAUCUAAUGUUUGAGGGUGAGAUGAAUCGCAUUAUUGGUUCUCAUGCCUUGAACAGGAACUCCUCCAGGUCCCACUGUAUCUUCACUGUGCAUUUAGAGUCUCACUCGCGCACUCUGUCUGAUGCCAAGUAUGUCAGCUCCAAGCUGAAUCUGGUGGAUCUGGCCGGGUCAGAGAGGCUGGGAAAGACUGGGUCAGAGGCUCAGAUGUUAAAGGAAGCCGUGUAUAUCAACAAGUCCUUGUCGUUCCUGGAGCAGGCCAUCCUUGCCCUGGCAGACCGUCGCAGAGACCACGUUCCCUUCAGGCAGUCUAAACUCACACAUGCCCUCAAAGACUCUCUAGGAGGGAACUGCAACACUGUGCUUGUGGCCAACAUCUACGGUGAGGCUGCACAGAUAGAAGAAACACUUUCUACUCUGCGGUUUGCCAGCAGGAUGAAGUGUGUCCGGACUGAGCCCAUUGUUAAUGAACACAUGGAUCCAGCAAUUCAGAUCAAGAAACUACAAAAGGAUGUGGACAUGCUGAAGGAGGAACUAUCCAUGCACAACACACUAGUGAACAGGCAGAGAAUCACAUACGAGCCGUUGUCUGAGGCCCAGCUGGCCGAGAUCAAAAGUCAGGUUCAGAGGUACCUAGAGGGAAGCCUCAAGGAAAUCAGUAUCCUAAGUGUCAGGCAGGUCCAAGCUGUGUUUUCCCAAUUCAAACUCACUGUGUGGGAACAGGAGCAGAAGGUGAAGGCCGAGCUGUGCCAGGCCUACGACUUGACGGAGAGAUCAAAGGAUCACUAUGGUUACGCUGCUGCUGGCAAGGAGUGGGUCAUCAAAGGAAGCAGCGAGGAUGCAGAGGCUGGAAGCUUUGGGGUGUCCGCUCAGUCAUCCAAAAAUGUCCAUCACCUGAGUUCCACCAGAGUCCAGACAAAGAAGACCAAGGACAAACAGGGCAAAAGACAGGGAGCGGGAAGUCCAGUUAUGAAGAAGCAUUUGGAGAGUGCCUCCAAAUCAACACUGAAUUCUGUCCAGAUGUUUGAGAGGGAACAGGCAGCACAAGAACCAGACACAGAGAGCCAGGACACACAGGAAUCACAAGCUCCUGGCAGCGAACCCUUCCACCCAAACUCUCCUCCUCCAAAAGCUGAUGCCUUUGAGGAUUUUAAGUUGAGACAAGGCAGCAUGAUCAACAGCAUCCUGAAGGAGAACAAGGCCGUGCUGCUGGAACGUCGCAGUCUUCUCCGACAACUCACCGAGGAGGUCAAUGCUGUCAAGAGUGAGAUAGACUGCAUCACAGCCACCAUGCAGCAGCACAACGAGUUGAGAAAAGGUCAACACAUGGCUAUGGGGGAAGAACCACUGCAGCAGGAGCCAGAUGCCACUUCAUUGAUGCAGCUCAGAGAGUUGAAAGCGCUGUACCGACAGAGAUAUGAAGUGCUGCGUGACAUCAAAGCAGAGGUUAACUACUGUCAGCAUCUUGUGGAUCAGUGCAGGGUGCGCUUGCUCUCCGAAUUUGAGAACUGGUAUGAGAAGUCUUACCUGUUACCUGAUGAAGAGCUGGACGUACUUUUGGAGAAGACUCAGAAACAUGAAGAGGAUAUUCACUGUCUGCCAUACGAGCUUCUUCCUGAUAGCAGCAGCUCUGACUCUUUCUACAACGCCCGCUACAGAACACUGAAGAGAAGAAACAGCAGAGCGGUGCCCUCCACUCCAGUGCAGAGGAACUCAUCUGCAGGACAGAGAAGACUUCCUUCAAUUCAACCGCUUACCUAAGUCAGUUUUUUUAAGUAUAUAAACUAAAGCUGUAAAGUACAGCCUCUACGUGUGCAAAAUGGGAACGAGUGUUCUUGUUCAGUGUACAAACUUUAGUCUCUUUUUCAUUAUUUGAAAUGAAUCAGUGCAUUUCAGUUUGUAGAAUAAUCAAGGACAAAAGACACGGCACAAUGAAUCAGCUUCUUAAAUGAAAAGUAAAAUUUAUUAUUCCUGAACCACAAAAUAUACUUCUUUGGUUGUACAAAUUCACUAGUUACAGUCUUGUGUGAGCUCUAACCCUUGACCCUUGACCCCGGGACCUCUGACCCUUUCCCUCCGACCUGUUUGCAAGAAAAGCCCCCGAAGAGAACUCAAGACAAAAGAAUAAACACAAAAACUUGAAACACUUCAUUAAUAAUGUAGUGAAACCCAUCUGAAAAAAAGAUUACCUACAGUAAGUUUUAAAAAAAAGAA